CUGGGGUUCCAGGUGUACAGAGCAGAUCACAUAACAGUUAUCUGAGAAAACGAGUGACGGCAGAAUCUGCUUCAACAUAAAUGAAGGUGAAGCUAAAGGAUGAGGAGACCACAUUUGCUCUGAAGUGCAUUAAGAAGAAGCACAUUGUGGACACCAGACAACAGGAGCACAUCUACUCUGAAAAAAACAUCCUUCAGCAAACAAACUCAGCUUUUAUCAUAAGGUUAUUCCGAACAUUUCGGGAUGAUAAGUUUGUCUACAUGCUGCUGGAGGCAUGUCUUGGUGGAGAGCUGUGGACUGUGCUGCGGGACAUGAGUUAUUUUGAUGAGCCUACAGCCAGGUUCUGUACUGGUUGUGUCUUAGAAGGAUUUGAUUACCUCCACACAAUGGGUAUUGUUUACAGAGACCUGAAACCUGAAAACCUGCUACUCGAUGCUGAGGGUUAUGUCAAAAUGGCAGACUUUGGGUUUGCUAAAAAGAUUGGCCUUGGAAAGAAGACCUGGACAUUCUGUGGGACACCAGAGUAUGUUGCCCCAGAGGUCAUCAUGAACAAAGGUCAUGACUUUGGAGCCGAUUGCUGGUCUUUGGGAAUCCUCAUAUUUGAACUUCUCACUGGCAACCCACCCUUUGCUGGCUCAGACCCCAUAAAGAUUUACACCAUGGUCCUCCAUGGCAUUGAGAAGGUGGACUUCCCCAAGAGAAUAGGCAAGCGUCCAGAGGACCUCAUCAGGAGACUCUGCAAGGUAAAUCCAGUGGAGAGGCUUGGAAACAAAAAGAAUGGCAUUACUGACAUUAAGAAACACAAGUGGUUCCAGGGCUUCAAUUGGGACGGUUUGAGGUGCCAUAAACUGCCAUCUCCAUUGAGGAGAGAGCUGAAGGGGCCGAUGGAUCACAGUCACUUUGAUAGCUUUCCACCUGACACAGAUGAACCUCCUGAUGAGCUGUCUGGCUGGGAUAAAGACUUUUGAGGACACUGAUCAUGUAGAUUUUAUGCAUCAGUGGAUCUGGCUCCUGAGCUGCAGUGGUUUAGCAGGCUGACUCCUAAAGUUUAUCACAAGCUUUUCACUCUGACUAUCUCACUUUAAAUGGAGCAAGCACAUCUUCAUGACAACAUUUCGAAUAACCUUUAUUACAGAAUAGCUUCAUUACAUUCAAAUAAAUGAAACACAGUCACCUUUUUGUAACAUGGUCACCUUCUGAGGUACAAAAAAGGGCUCCUGUAUUUACAACUGCAUGUCAAGUACACUAAACGUUUUGUAUUACAGUGUUGUCAGUCCUUCAGCUCAGCCCUGAGCAACAUGAGGAUGCUAUAUGAUAGAUACAACUUUUGCAAUUUUUCAAUCAGUCCUUUAUCUGCAGGAAAUUUUAACCUCCUGCUUCUCAAUACCUAAUUAGUAAAGAAUGUCCUUGUGUUUUCACAGUAUCUUGCAAACCAAUACAUUUACUUCUUAAGAACAUAUUUUAACAGAAUAUUUUUAUGUUUUUGGUCAAGUGAAUCAACUUGUCUGGGGUUUAUUAUGCCAAUGCUAUCACAAGCCAGCUGGUGGCUUUAAAGUGCAUUAGAGCUCUUUUUUAAACUUAGCUGUGUAAGUUGUAAUCCCUUAUUUUUCUAUUACCUUGUGUCAUAUUAAUAAUAUUUCUCCUUGUUUUGCUGUGUGUUGCAGAAAUCUUCUGGGAUCUGUACUUUAAAGCAACAUUACUGGGUUAUUUGUUGGGUUCAUUUUGUGCGGUCAGUCAUUUAAAAAUUCUAAGUUAAUCCCAGUCAUAGAUUGUUAAUAGUCACGAUUAAUCGCAAACUAGUUAGAGGAAACAGAGAUACUUCAGUUUUAUUAACAUUUAACAAAUAUUAAAUUAAAAUCUCUUAAUUAGCUGAGUACAAAAGUCUCAUGGAGUGUUUGGUAUUGCCGAAAACAUCCAUAUGAACUGUCGACAUAAUUAGCAGAUACCUACAUAAAGGUGUAAUCGCAGCGCAGGUGGUUACCUGGCUGUGUGUGUUCAGGGCGCAUCUAAUGCAGAUAAUACAAUGACUGACGAGACACCACCUAAUGUGCCAAGUUUCAUUAUGACAAGCUUCCAAAUGGAAGUUUGGAAGAGCAGGCUGUAUGACUAGUUGACUAGAGGCAUGUUGCAUAGAUGCACAGUGUUUGGCAUAAUCACCUUUAACCAAAAAUGUAUUUCUAAUGUUACAACGGUGAAUUAUCAUCUUAGA